CUCCGUGCUCGAAACCCAGGCUGGGAGUGGGACAGGGUCUUACCACAGACGGUUACCAGCGAGCGUGAAAAACUGAGCCAUGGUUUAAACAAAACAAUAGAAUAAAGAAAGAAAGGAAAACAAAGUAGUCCAGGGAAGACUUUUAAUCCCCCCUUUUGGAGAAUGGCUUUUGCUUUUUUAUUAGUUUGUUACGAUGUGAUUUAAAACUCCGCCAUAUUCAGUCCACCACGCCCGGAACUACCAGGGGGGAAAAGACCAUAGCACAACUUGUUGCAGGAGGUUUUAUUUUCGGUCCCUUUUCUCUGGAGGAUUAAGGUAAUACAUGAAAAACUCCCAACCUCGGGGAAGCGACUGCCUUUAUCUGCGCUUGACAAACCCCGUUCGGCGGCACGUUUGCUGAAGUAAGGCUGGGCCAAAGUGCAUGUUUCCUCUCACGUUUCACGCCGCGUUUGUGUCUCCGCACCUUGCCAGAUCAGACGUGCCUCCACGCCCCAAACGCCAAGUGUGCAGGAGUUAUGAUUUUGGGCUCUGUGGGGGCCUGCUGCCUCAGCGAGGAGGCCAAAGAGGCUCGCAGGAUCAACGACGAGAUUGAGAGACAGCUCCGCCGGGACAAGAGGGAUUCCCGACGGGAAUUCAAACUCCUUCUGCUCGGUACUGGUGAAAGUGGGAAGAGCACUUUCAUCAAGCAGAUGAGAAUCAUCCAUGGUUCUGGCUACUCUGAAGAGGACAAGAGGGGCUUCACCAGAUUAGUCUAUAAGAACAUCCUCACAGCCAUGCAAGCCAUGGUCCAUGCCAUGAACACUUUACAGAUUCCCUACAAGUAUGAGUGCAAUAAGGCCCACGCCAUUACUGUCAGUGAGGUUGAUGUAGAGAAGGUCACAAUAUUUAUAGUCCCCUACGUGGACGCCAUCAAGAGUCUGUGGAAUGAUCCGGCGAUUCAGGAAUGUUAUAAUCGGAAGAGAGAAUACCAGCUCUCCGACUCUGCCAAAUUCUAUCUCGAUGCUUUGGACCGAAUUGCUGAUUCUUCUUAUGUGCCAACCCAGCAGGACAUCCUGCGGGUCAGGGUCCCCACCACAGGUAUUAUAGAGUACCCCUUCGACCUCCAGAAUGUGGUUUUCAGGAUGGUAGACGUAGGUGGUCAGCGUUCAGAGAGGAGGAAGUGGAUCCAUUGUUUUGAGAAGGUCACCUCCAUCAUGUUCCUUGUGGCACUCAGCGAGUAUGACCAGGUUCUUGCUGAGUGUGGAAAUGAGAAUCGAAUGGAGGAGAGUAAAGCCCUGUUCCGGACUAUAAUAACCUAUAAGUGGUUUAAAGACUCUUCAAUCAUCUUGUUCUUAAACAAGAUUGACCUACUGGAAGAGAAAAUCAUGUUUUCACAUUUGGUCGACUACUUCCCUGAAUAUGAUGGUCCUCAGCGGGAUGUCCAGGCUGGAAAAGAAUUCAUCCUGAAGAUGUUUGUGGAUCAGAAUCCUUACACAGAUAAAAUUAUCUACUCCCACUUCACCUGUGCCACUGACACAGACAACAUUCGGUUUGUCUUUCAUGCUGUCAAAGACUGCAUCCUGCAGCUCAACCUGGAGUUGUACAACCUGGUGUAAAGCUGUGGACGUGCCAGUGUAAUGCAUUCUGCUUUAUACAGCUGUCUGUCAGGAGGGCCAAGAGGGUCAUCGAGCUGUACUUCACGAAGCCUGAUGCCACUGUAGGACACUACCAUCCAUGACAGGAAACUGAAAAAACUGCAGAGCCUUUUGCCAGUGACUGCACUUCCUGUGGAUUGCAGAGUUUUUUUUUUCUUUCUUUGGGCUGUUUGAAAACGAAUCUCAGUCUGGGGCUUAAAUGAAGGAGUAUGUCCAAAUUAUUUGAAUAGUGUUGUGAUGAGUUGAGUUAAUUUCACUGUGCACUGUAAUUUGUGUAGAGCACCUCAUCGGUUUAGAGCAGUAAGUCAGUGUGGAUAAACAAAAGGCGGAAAACAAAUUUUAAAUGUCGUCGCACCUCUCUGAGGCCCAGUAACACAAUUUGCCUUACUUCGCUUUUUCUAAAGGGAACCUGUGGAAGAAAUGCAGAUAACUGCUAUGCAGCACCUCACAUCACCAUCCUGAGAUGAUUGUAGCUUAUUUUGUUAUGUGUAAAGUAAGAGUUUAAAACACUCCUAUUUAAAUGAUUAAUUUGUCUCUUGAGUUGAAGGGGAAAGUCAGGAAGAGAUGGAAACGGAUGAUCCGCUGUGGCGACCCCUAAUGGGAGCAGCCGAAAGAAGAAGAAGUUGAAGGGGGAAGUCAUGAUUAUCACUUACGAUACAUUCACUUACAUACAGGUAUUGAUUUGCACAUUGUACACUUUUUCCCCCUUUUUUUACCAUGUGUUGCUAAUGUGUGAGUGUGUGUGUGUAUGUGUUUUGAGUGGAUGCGCGCGUGUUUUUUUAAAAACUGAUAUCAAUUCCACAAUCGAAGUUUUCCAAAUUUUACUUGACUGCUAACUUAUAUGUCAAAGAUGGCAUUGACCAGUGUUAAACCCUCGUUGUGAACAUCAUAUAUUAAUCAUGUAAUUUAUGGUUGCAUUCAAACCAAGGGAAUAUUAACUUUAAAUGUCCAAUAUUUUGCUACUCUUUGUCACUUUUCUUUUCCGGAAGUCUUAAUUUUCUUAGCGUAACUAUAUCUUGUAAAGACUAUUGCAAAUAUUAAAUUCAGGGACACUUUUCAGUUGGACGUGACAGUCAUUUUUUUAGUCAACAAAAAAAAUCAUUUGCGGAAAUGUCUUAACAUAUUUCCCCAUCCCCUUGCCUCUGCACUUUGUAAAUGUCAAUUGGUACGGUAAUCUCUUAAGCGUUGCCUUCCCUUGCAUCAAGGUCCUGUAAAAUAAGUGUUGAAAAGCUCAUUUUUGCACUCUUGGGGUCUUGAUCCAUCCUAAACUGCUGUUCAAAGGUAAAACGAUUUGAAUGGAGGCUAAUCAGAAGGUCCAUCAGAAGGUUCUGGGCACUAAUGGGUAACAUGAUUUUUUUUUUCAUGUGUAUGUUUUAUGUGUGAAAAGGGGUUAUAUUAAACAUUUCGUAAGCGUCUUGUAACAUCUUCAAUCAAUCAACAA